AUGCCCCUACCCCGAAAGGUCCGCGAGGCGUUUGCGCGCGCUCGCCGCGCCCGGCCCUGCGUCAUGUUUUUUGACGAGCUCGACUCCCUGGCUCCCGCCCGCGGCGGCAGCGGCGACAGCGGCGGCGUGAUGGACCGCGUGGUGGCGCAGCUGCUGGCUGAGAUGGACGCCGCCCAGUCUGGCGGUGACGGUGACCUGUUCAUCAUCGGCGCCACCAACCGCCCCGACCUGCUGGACCCCGCACUGCUGCGCCCCGGCCGCCUGGACACGCUGCUGUACGUCGGCAUAUCAGAGGACGCGGCCUCCAAGAUCAAGGUGCUGCGGGCCCUCACGAGGAAGUUUGAUCUGUCCGACGACGUCGACAUGUCCGAGGUUGCGGCCGCCUGCCCCCCAACCCUCAGCGGCGCCGACCUGUACGCCCUCUGCGCCGACGCCUGGAUGUGCGCCCUCAAGCGCCGCAUCGCCGAGGAGGAGGACGCGGCAGCUGCCCGGCAGCCGCCGCCAGAGCAGCAGCCGCAGCAGCAGCAGCAGCAGCAGCAGCAGCAGCAGCAGCAGCAGCAGCAGCAGCCGGGUGCCGCGGCCGAGCGCAGAAACUCGGCAGGCGAGCCAGCGCCGGGCAUGGUGGUGUCUCAGGCGGACUUUUUUGAGGCGCUGGCGUCGCUGACGCCGUCGCUGUCGCGGGAGGAGCUGGGGCGCUACCUAGCCCUCAAGGCGCACUACGACAGCCAGCAGGGGUUUGGGGGCGGCGCCGCGGCGGGGCGCACCGAGGGCGGCGGCGGCGGCGGCGGUGCCAGCGGCAGCAGCAGCAGCGGCGGCACGGCUUUGCCUGCAGGCAGCGGCGCUGGCGGUCCCGUUGUCGCAACGGGUCUCAGCGGCGAUGGGGCCGGCACGGUUGUCGGCGCUAGCGGCAGCGGCAGCGGCGCACUUAAUGGCAAUGGUGUCGCAGGCAGUGGUGGGGGGAGUGGGACCGAACCUGCAGGCAGCAGCGGCUCUGGAGGGCCCAGCGAGGCCAGCGGCAGCGGUGCAUCCGGCACAAGCACGGCAGCCGGCAGCAACAGGGCGGGCCGCAGCGGCGGCGCAUGCAGUGGCAGCUACGCAGGCGGCAGCAGCGGCGCAGGCGGCAGCGGAGGCAGCGGAGGCAGCAGCACCGGCGUUGGCGGCUCUGCCAGCACAUUCCAGCCAAACGACAGCUGA